AUGCCUCGUCUCGUGCGCCGCCAGCCGCUCGCGGAGCGCAUCCAAUCCUACUUGAACCCGUGGGAUUUUCUGCUCUGGUUGUCUGAGUCAAUCGAAGGAUAUGACUGGGAUCAACUUGAGAAGGAAUGGGGCCUCGCACUUGGUGUCGCCCUAAAUCUGAUAUUCCUCAUUGCGCGAGCCAAUAGCAGAUCAAGUGGCAGCGAAGCUAUUGACGACGUGUUUGGAGAUGACGAUGGUCUCCCCUGGCUCAGCUGGAUUGCAUGGGUCGUCGUUCACACACUCGUAUUGGUCUCUGGGGCAAAUGCAUUCUACACCUUCUAUCGCAAGCGACACUACCGCUUGUUUGAAUCUCCGAUUGACAGAGCGCCUGCGACUUCUUCCGCCACGCGAGUUAGAGUCGAUUCGAGCCCGAUGAUCGCCUCCCCUUUACGCUACCUCGCUAAUGCCAUGUCCUCUGAAUCUGCCGAGUCGCGAGCGCAUCCUGACGCGCAUCGGGAUGUAUGGGAGGUGGCGAUGUGGGAUCCUCUACCGAUCUGUAUUCGACUAUUCUCCUUGUUCAGCCCGGGCCAUGUAUUGGUCUAUUAUCUUUUCUUGCCGACUCAGCUCUCCGAUCCUCGCCCCAGCGUGACAAUCGUGACGACCAUUUUCUUGACCGUACUCCUUUCGGUUCAAAUGUCCUUUAUCUCCUCAUAUUACAAGCAACAGGCAAAGGAUUCCAUGCUGGUGCACCGGGAAGUCAUGAAGGAAUACGACACAAAAUACGUCCACCCGCGCACUCAGCCCUUGAUGAGAGACGUUGGAACCCAGUUUUCAGAAGGCACCGACCUCACCCCAGCAUCUGAGGGCCAGAAUAAGGUCGAAACCUAUACACCCACCUUUAUCAUCAACCGUGGAUUCAAAACCAGUCCAAACCCCAACUAUGUCAGUCAUGUUGACCCUGAAGGGUUAUCUCCCCGCCGUGCGGUCGACUCUACACCAUCAUCGAGGUCGAUCUUUCAAACUCAGCCAUCCUUGCAUACGCCGGUUAUGUCGCGUGAUGGCUCCCCGUUGGUUCGAACUGUAAAUACAUCUAUGCGACAGCCCCAGUUUCGGCCAAGCUCAGGCACCACUGGUGACGGUGGUAGCCUCGGAGUUUACUCACAUGCCAACUCCCCCUUGAGGAAAUCAGCAUCAACUGCCUUUGAACGUCGUGUUCAAAAUAACGGGGACUUCUUUUACAAAGAGCGAGGGACCAGCCCUUUGAGGAAGCCAUCCAGCCCACUCAAGCGAAGCAGCUUGGCCGGACCAAUGGGUAGUCCAGCACCUGGACUUAGACCAAGUACCUUGGGUAACACCAACCGCCGUGAAACUGGCAGGUUCUAA